UACUGUAACCCUCGACUAAUCUCUAUCCUAUUUCCCACGAUGCAUUAUUGCCACUCAGAUACUAUAGACAGGCAAUUUCUACAGUGCUGGUCACCUAUAUCUUUCUCUGAAUAAAGAAUUAAAGAUUCCCCUGAAUGUUUCAAUUCGCUUCAUCACGCUAUAUAGCAUCCAUCCAUCCACCGCGAAUUCGAAACUAAGGAUGCUCGCCGGGAAAUUGCAGUACGCUUCACCUCUUACGCCGCACCCGCCGACGGACUUGGCGGAUGAAGCAAGCUGGGUGUGGACGCAGAUUAAGGCCGAGGCUCGGCGCGACGCCGAGGCGGAGCCUGCUCUGGCUAGUUACUUGUACUCCACCAUACUUUCACACUCGUCUCUGGACCGUUCCGUUUCCUUCCACUUAGGGAACAAGCUAUGCUCCUCCACGCUCCUCUCCACGCUCCUCUACGAUAUCUUCAUCAACGCUUUUUCAAACGACUCGGAACUCCGCGCCGCCACCGUCGCUGAUCUCCUCGCCGCUCGCUACCGGGACCCUGCCUGCGUUUCCUUCUCUCACUGCCUCCUUAAUUACAAAGGCUUUCUAGCUUCCCAGGCACAUCGAGUCUCUCACAAGCUUUGGAACCAAUCUCGUAGGCCCCUCGCUCUUGCACUUCAAUCGAGAAUCUCAGAUGUUUUUGCUGUUGACAUCCACCCAGCCGCAAAGAUUGGAAAAGGCAUCCUUUUUGACCAUGCAACAGGAGUCGUGGUUGGUGAGACAGCUGUUAUUGGAAACAAUGUCUCAAUACUCCACAACGUAACUUUAGGAGGCACCGGUAAGAUUGGUGGUGACCGCCACCCUAAGAUUGGUGAUGGAGUGCUGAUCGGUGCAGGGGCAACAAUACUUGGAAAUGUAUGCAUUGGAGCGGGAGCCAAAAUCGGGGCUGGUUCAGUAGUAUUGAUGGACGUGCCUCCACAGACAACCGCAGCGGGGAAUCCAGCAAGGCUAGUAGGAGGAAAGGAACAGCCAACUAAGCAUGAGGAAGUUCCUGGAGAGUCGAUGGACCAUACCUCUUUUAUUUCUGAAUGGUCUGAUUACAUAAUCUGAUAUCUCCUCCAAGUUCUGUUUCUACAUUUCUUAUGCAUUUCGCCUUAUAUUUAACAUAGCUUGCUUUUAUAGCACUAGUAGAUAAUUUUUAUGCACUAGGUGCGGAUGCUGAUAUUUGAUAUCCCAUUCGAUAACAUUGACAUAGGUCGAAUUCGCUGAGAAUGACGAAGUUAUAACAUGCUGAAAUUAUGGCUGAAUGGACUGGAUUUGCAAACUUAUGAAGAAACAAAGUUACUCUCGUAUAAAUUAUACCAGUAUAAAGAAUGAUGUUACCGCCAGCCAAUUCAGUCAAAUGAAUUUUUCUUUAUUAAUGAAUAAAGAAAACUACCUCCAGUCCUGCUUUUUCCAAUAAGACUAGUAAGACAAACAAUGUUACCGAAGUACCAAACGGACAUUAAGACAUUAAGUGGUCUCUGCAAUUAUUGUACCAUUUUAGUUGAUUGUUGAACUAUUUAGUUUCUGUACUGUAUACUUGUAUAGUAUAUAUAGUGAAAUAAAGGUGAAUGGUUUUGGACCUCUUUAUGAUGUUUUAGUCAAUGGGUUGUAUUCAGUUCGGCACUUCUGCAUGAAACCAUUCAAAGUUUUAUUUAGGCUAUAUUUAUCAAUUGGCAUGUUACUUUAGCUCAAA